AUGGAUCACGGCGGCGGCGGCGUGGUGAUGGUGGGGAGGGCGGAGAUCGACACGCGGGCGCCGUUCAAGUCGGUGAAGGAGGCCGUCGCGCUCUUCGGCGAGAGGGUGCUCGCCGGGGAGCUCCUGUUCCACGCCCCCCGCGACGCCAACACCGCCGCCGAUCAGCUGGUACGAUUACGCCAUCGAGUGACGGCAGCGCCAAGACCCGUUGUUCACCACCAAGCCGUCACCAUCGCCCCCGCCGUCGCCAUGGUAGCGGCGCCACCGCCGCCGCGUCGCAUGCCGGCAGCGCCGGCGACGAGGGAGCUGGACGACGCAAAGCACGAGCUGGAGAAGGAGCGUGAGGAGAAGCACAAGAUGGCGGGCUGCAUCCAGUCCCUCCAGGAGGAGCUGAGCAGCGCCAUGAGGGAGCUGCAGAAGCUCAAGGCGCGCGACGAGGACGCCCGCGCCAAGGUCAUCGAGGUGGAGGACCUCAAGUUCAUGGAGACCGACGAGCCGCAGCACCACCAGCACCAGCACCAGCACCAGAGCCCGCCGGCCAACGGCCACGAAGCCAUGGCAGCGAACCGCGCGGCGGCCGCCGCUGAGUUCCAGAAGAAGAGGUACGUCACCUUCGCCGACCCACCGGCGGCCGCGUACGACCGCGCGCCCUCGCCGCCGCGGGACGUGGUGCUGGAGCUGCAUCGCCAUCAGCAGCCGCAUUACGCGCCUGCGGCGGGGCGGCCGCAGUAUCGUGAGGCGCGGUUCCAGAGGCAGGUGUCGGCCGGGCCAGGGCACGAGGCGGUGAAGAAGGCGAUGGCGGCCGCGGCCGAGGAGGAGGAGGGGAGGAAGAAGAAGAAGAAGCCGUUGAUCCCGCUGGUGGGCGCACUGUUCAUGAGGAAGAAGAAGAGCUCCGCUACCACGGCCAGCAGCCACCGUGCCGACGAUGGCUCGUCGGCGGUCAAGCCACGCCCGUCCUUCUAA